GGAGGGAGGGAGGGAGGGGGGAAGGAAUCCCAGCUUUGCUCCAUCAACAGGCGAACACAGAGCGGGAGGGAGGGAAGGAAUAAAUAAAGAAAAGGAGAAAGGAGGGAGGAGAAGGUAAAAGUUGGUAUGAGUCACAGAGCAGGGAGAGGGGAGGAGACUGGAGGGAAGAAGAGGAGGAGGAGGAGGAGGAGGAGGUAUAAUUACGGUGGGAGGCUGCCACAGCGAGAGAGAAGCAGAGGGAGGGAAAAGAAAAGGCGAGGAGAGAGAGUCCAGCCCUCAAAACCAUUCAACUGGUGAGAGCGUCGCACUCCGAGCAGAGAAGGAGGAGAAGGUCCCGGCGUGGACAACUUCCUCCGCCUGUCAGUCAACAGCCGGACGCCACCGGACGCCACCGCCUUCAGCUUCUUCUCCACAUCCAUUCAUCACCUCCACUCUGCACAGUUUUUCCCUCUUCUUCUUUUUCUUCUUCUUCUUCUGUUGUUUUUUCUUUCUUUCUUCUGACGCCUCCACAUUUUCCAGCCAUCUGUCCCUGACAAAAAAGAUAAGGAUUACUCAUUUUCUCUCUCCGGCGUGUUUUUUUUUUUUUUUUUUUUUUUUCUUUUUUUUGUCGUCCUUCUCUUCUUGUUUCUUUGCAGUUUUUUUUCCCCUCCGUUUUCACAGGUGGACUGUGAGCUGAGCUGAACUUUGCAGCGUCCAAAAAACUUCCAAGACAAUAAAAGAUCUUCUCGUUCCUCGACCAGGACUGUUUUUUUUUGUUGUUGUUGUUCUUUUGUGACUUUUUCCUGCGGUUGCUGCAUCCUCCAGUGUCUCCUCCAGCCAUGUCAGCGCUGGUCCUCCUCAGCUGGACCGUCCUCCUGCUCCUGGUCCAGACCUGCAGCUCCUCCUGGGACGUCCAGCCUCCGUCCCUGGCCGUCCAUCCUCACCAGUCGCCGCCGAACGCCGCGUCCCACUGCCCGUCCUGCGCCCUGGCGAGGAUGCGCCGAAACGAAGCUGACGACCUGCCGCCGGGGCACGAGGAUGCGGAGGAGGCGGCGGCGGCGGUGGCGGCGGCGCAGCAGGACGUGGUGGAGGCGGUGAAGAGACACAUCCUCAACAUGCUGCACCUCCAGGCCCGACCCAACAUCACCCGGCCGGUGCCCCGUGCCGCGCUCCUCAACGCCCUCAGGAAGCUCCAUGUGGGGCGGGUGGCGGAGGACGGCAGCGUGCAGAUCGAGGGGGAGGAGGAGGAGCCACAGGGGGCGCGAGGAGGGCGUGGAGGCCGGGCUGGAGCAGGAGGAGGAGGAGGAAGAGGACGAGGGGGAGGAGCGGCGGCGGCGGGCGCAGCGGCGAGGACGGGAGACGGCGGCGACGCACAGGAGACGACGGAGAUCAUCACGUUCGCAGAAGCUGGUGGUUCUCCAGGCCUGGUGAACUUCGUCCUGUCUACAGAAGGUGGUGACCUGUCUCUGGUGGAACAGGCUAACGUCUGGCUCUUCCUCCGUUUGGCCAAGUCCAACCGCAGUCGGGCCAAAGUCACCAUCCGCCUCUUCCAACGCCGGCCUGAUGGACGCGCAGCGCCGCAGGACGACAUCCUCCUGGCCGAGAAGAUGGUAGACACGCGCCGCAGCGGCUGGCACACCUUCCCGGUGUCGGCGGCGGUGCAGGCGCUGCUGGAGAACGCGGAGAACACGGCGCUGAGCCUGCGGGUGUCCUGCCCGCUCUGCGCCGACGCCGGGGCCACGCCCAUCCUGGUCAGCUCCCAGACGUCGCAGCGUGCCAACCAGCGGGAACAGUCGCACCGGCCGUUCCUCAUGGCCGUGGUGCGACAGGGCGACGGCGGCGACACGCGGCGGCGCAGGAAGCGGGGUCUGGAGUGCGACGGGAAGGUCCGCGUCUGCUGCAAACGGCAGUUCUAUGUCAACUUCAAAGACAUCGGAUGGAACGACUGGAUAAUCGCACCGCCCGGUUACCACGCCAACUACUGCGAGGGCGAGUGUCCGUCCCACGUGGCGAGCAUCACCGGCUCCACGUUGUCCUUCCACUCCACCGUCAUCAGCCACUACCGCAUGCGGGGGUACAGCCCCUUCCAGAACCUGCGCUCCUGCUGCGUUCCCACCCGGCUGCGCGCCAUGUCCAUGCUCUACUACAACGAGGAGCAGAAGAUCAUCAAGAAGGACAUCCAGAACAUGAUCGUGGAGGAGUGCGGCUGCUCGUAGAUGCCGGACCGCGCCGCGCGCCGCAAACUGGACUGGACGAGAGGAGGACGAACCCGGACGCACAGAGACGGGGAGGAGCCGGGGGCGGAGUUAGGUCUCCGCCUCACUCCGUCCGUCCGUCACUCGGGGUCGUCUCUCCGGGACUGAAACUCCGCCCUCGUCCAGAACUCAGAGAGAGUCUCGAUGGCACUUUCAGAAAAAAGAAAAGAAAAAAAGAUAGAAAAAGGAGAUCUAAUAUAUUUUUGUUACAAACAGAGGGAGGAGUUUUAUUUAUGAGGCGAAGACGUUGGCGCUCCAGCGUCGAAACCGGAGCCUGAAAAACUACGACUAAAAAAGAAUCUCAAAACUAUGCAACUUGUUUCACACAUUACGAUCUUAUUGUAUUUUCUUUCUGUUUACUUUUCUACGCGUCGGAGUCGACUGAGGACGUCGUCUGCUUCGUCGAUCGUCUGCGUUACCGUGGUGAUGUGUGCAUUUGUGUGUCUGUGUGUGUGUUGAGAUACUUGAAAGAAACAAGUUGUGGCUCGGCUGCUGGAACCAAACACUUCUUUGCGUUGCCAUGGUUACCAUGUUGAUGUUAUAAUUAUUAUUGUCAGUAAGUAUAUUAAUAAUAUUAUUGUUGUUGUUGUUGCAUUUUGUUUGUGUUUUUAUGUUAUUUUGUUGUUUUUUUUACAGAAACGUUAAAAACGUUCAUUUUUUGCACUAUAUCGAAGAUUAGCCACAGAGACAAACAGACUCCAGGUUACAGAAGCUUGCAGGUUAAUUUCCCAUCAUGCAUCACUCUAUGACACUCAGAAACACACAGUAUGUUUAUGUGGUUAUAAAACUGCUCAGAAUUUGAUUUAUUUUUCUUUUUACUAUCUUUGCUGUAGAGAAAACAAUCCCUGAAAAGUCCUAGUUUUCAUGUUUCUUCCAUUUUUCUGUUUCAUUUCAUUUUUAUUGAAACCAGCAGGACACGGGUUCGAAACCUCCAGCCUCAAAAACAUCAUCUGCAUAUUUUUGUCGGUAUUGAACUUGUUAAAUUACAAAAAGUAUUGCGUGAUACCAACAUUUGGCCCAUUCUGAGAAAAACAUCGGAAUUUUAGAAUCAGAGAAUGUUAUGCUAAGGGAGACAAAGGCGGGUUUAUUUAUGUUGAAGCUGCGAAACAAGAACAGACGAAGUAAACGCAGAAUAAAAAUAGACUAAAAUGUACGAAUAAAACCGACUGAAUGAAAACCAUCUGCAGAUAAAAUGGUUUCCUGUCAUCUUCUUACAGCUACUGGAAACAUACGCUAACACGCUGGUUUGACAACGUUAGCAACUGCAAAUGAGUUCUAGUUCCGACCUAAACCUGUUCAUAAACGAAAUUUUAAAAAAUAAUCAGUAUUAGUAUUGAUCAAUCAAUGACCUUUGGAUUGUUUGAAACUCAACAGAAGCGCCUGUGCUGCUAAUGAUUAGCAUGAUGCUAACGGAGAUUCUGUUCUUUUUUUUUUUUUUUACAUGAAGAAGAAACAAAAAGCACUUAAAGGAGAAAAACACAUCUGGGUUCAAUUUUAUUUUUGUUUUCAGAUUUAUUUAUUAAACGAUGCAAAAACCCACAUUUAUCGGUUGUCAUUUGUUCAGUAGUUUUUGUAAAUACCUAGCUUCAGUUAGCUUACCUGCUAGUGUCUGUUCACUUCAGUAAACACAAUAAAUGAAACAAACUCAAACUUAAAGCCAGUUCUAUGGGAGUUACUUACUUCACUACUUUACACAGAUUUAUUUAUUAAAUGACAGAAAAACUGAUUGUCGAAAUUGUCAAAAUUGUCGCUUUCGUUCAAAUGCUAAUUUUCAGCUAACAGCUUCAGACAACUUUGUUACUUUUAUUAAAGUUUUUAGGAUCUAUUUAUUACAUUUCACAGAAAUUCUGAUUGUCUUUUGAUAUUCAUCCCUGUUUUUAAGCUUAUCAAAUCACCAUGACAACAAAUAAAACAAAAACAACAACAUACAGGAUUAAAUUAACUCUGACGGACGUUAGCGUUAGCAAAGGUCAACAUUAGCGUUAACUAAAACGCAUUAAAGCCAUUAUUCAUCGGCCAUCCAGGCUUUUAUUUUUCAAUGCGCUUGUUUUCGUCUCCUUUACAGAAUUUUAACUCAUUAUAAAUCUGACUUUUUAGCUAAAACGUGGAAGUUAAUUUAUUUGAAGUGAAUCCAGAAUCUUUAAAGUAUUUUGGGGCUAAUUAAUGUAGGAGGUGAAUGUUUUUGGGAUAUUUUUGACUCGUACUCUUCUGAUCUACAUAACUGUUAUCAAACAUAAUUAAUAUAAUUCUUAUUUUCAGACUACAAGUCUAUAAAAAGGGCCUAUAAACUUAUUUUAUUUAUUAUGUUAUUUAACUUAUUUUGGCAAAUUCAGUGUAGCUGAAUGUUUCAAUGCACAUCUUUUCUGAUAAAUCUCAAAAGAUUGUUCAACCUCGCGUUAAAACAACUCGAAUCAUUCAGUUUAUUUGGAUUUUACAGAGAAAUAACAACACAAAGGACAUUUAAGUGUUUUAGUUUGUGGCGACGAGUGUCUUUUCACCGCAAGAAAUACACACUUUAAGAAUAGUCAUGAUAUUUUUAGGAAGUUCUUAUGUAGCGUGUUCAUUUUUACGACAAAUCGAUGAAGGUUUUGUUUUGUUUUGAAGAAAACAUCCAGUUUUAGUUUUUCUUUAGAACCAAAGAGUCGAGAAAGAAAUGAUAAGUUCAUACAUUCAGUGAUUUGGAAAAUUAAUGGGGAAAAAAAAAAACACUGAUGUUCAAGUUUUUCAAAAUUGUUUAUGUCUAAAAAUGUCUUUCUGUUGAUCAGCGUCUUCACAUUUUCGUCCACGCUCUUAAAGACUGAUGGAUGGUGUUUUAUUUAUGCUUUAUAGUUUGGUAUUUUUUGUCUUAUUUCUCAUCAGGAUUUGUAGAGUUUGUAACAAUAAAAUUAUGGAAUUUUUUUUUUUCUCCAGACGUUGACGUUUUUUUUUUUUUAAGUGUCUCCUUGCAGAUGGAGAACUCAGUUUCCCACAAUGCUUUACUCUUGGUGUUAGUGUCCUGAAUGCUGUUGUCGGGUCGUCCGGUCCAACCUGCUCUUGUCUCAGUGUUCUUUGUCUUUUUGUCCGUUUUUCCGUCAGUAUCGUCAGGUUUUUCACCAAAUGUCAGAGUUUGUUCUGUUCCCUUCCCGGUACGUUUCCAUGUUUUAAGUUUUAUUUUGUCGCGUCGAAGGGUGGAGCCUGUUCUUCUGGACUUUUUCGGGACAAACUUUUCGUCCGUUUGUUCGUACAUGGACACUAAUGAAAUGUCUGUGCAGAAAAAACGCCUCAAGAGGUAGAAAAAAAAAAAGAAUAAAAGAAGUGGUUGUAUUUGUUCA